AUGUCAGGAGUUAUGACUCGCUUACAAAUUGAUUUGAUUGAUAUGAGAACGAGACCGGAUGUCGUAUUGAGUGACACAGUGUAUUUGUGGAUAUUGGAUUGUAUCGAUCAUUUUUCAAAGUUUUCAUGGGCUUCUCCUUUGUUAACCAAGUCGGCAAAUGAAGUUGCUCUACGUUUGAAAGAAUUGUUCUACGUUUUUGAACCGCCACGUUUACUACAUUCAGACAAUGGAAGAGAGUUUGUUGCUAGUGUAAUUGAUGGAUUGAAAGUUUUAUUUCCAUCUAUGUGUUUCGUUCGAGGACGACCUCGUCAUCCACAAUCUCAAGGAUGUGUUGAAAGAGCGA